AUGUCUUGUAAUAAAUAUUCUCCGGGCGGAAACAUUAGAGUUCUUACGUUGGGAGCUCAAGAAUCGUGGAGAGUCAUCAAAGUUCCCUCUGGCAUUUCCCAAGACCAAGACGACAUACCCUUGAAACACUCCAUCAAGUCGGGUGUUAUAUAUAGUGAGAGUCUUGUCCAAGGUGGAAUAUGCAUCAACGGAGUUGUUUAUUUUCAUGAGAUCCUUAGUAAUUUUAUUAUGAGUUUUAAUGUCAGAUCAGAAACAUUUGAUACAAUCAAAAAACCCGAUGGUGCAUGUGGUCGUCUUGACAGAUAUGUCAUCACAUAUGCUCUGAUAAACUACCAAGGAAAGUUAGCUUGGAUUUGUUGUCGCAGCAACAGAUUAUGGGUUCUUGAAGAAGCCAAAAGCAAAUUAGAUUGGUCGUUGAGCUACUUAAACCCUCUUAAUCGUGAUCCUUCCACUGAUGAUGAUGAUCAAAUGAUUCACUCCUCCAAACACUAUUUUAGUGGUGUCACUCAUGCGCAUGAAGUUAUUUAUAUGCCUAAAAAUAAAAAGAAACCGUUUUGUGCUUUGUAUCAUGAUCUCAAAAGUAACAGCACAAGACAAGUUGCUUACCAAGAAAUUAACCACAAGUGGUCUUACUGUGAUGACUAUGGGAGUCCGGGCUUCAAGGAGAUGUUUAACUAUGACUAUUUUCCCAAUCACAUCGAGAAUAUAAUGUCUCUGAAGAGCCUUGGUUUAGCUGAUUCUUAA